CAGGGCUGGGUUUGCGCUUCUGGAGCAUGUUGGAACUGGUUUCCACGCCCAUCCCUGCCCACAACGCUCCUGAGAGCGAGCGCGAGGAGGACGGGAAAUACCUGCGAGGAGGGGAGCCGUGUUGAAACUUGAAGCUCGCCACUUUUCCCCCGGUGCGCGCAGUUGCCUCCGCGCCAAUUCCCAUGCUAGGCGAAGCUUCCGAGGGGACGGACGGCCAAGCGCGCGGCGACGCAGCAAAAUACAUCCCAUAGUGCAUGAAUGGACAUUUAAGAAGCCUUGCUCCUAAAUUACUGUGAAAAUGGAAACCUCAUCUCUGCUGUCAUCCUUACAUGAUGAUUGUAGAUCAGACAACUACCUUGAACCGCACUACAAGGAAUGUUACAGGCUUGCCAUUGAUGUGUUAAUUGAAAGUGGUUCAGAGGCUUACCAAGAAUUUCUUUCCAAGGAGAGAUGUGCAGAGUUUCUAGCGGAUGAUGAAAUCAAUUAUAUACUGAACACAGUUCAGAAAAUCCCUCAAAACACAGUUUGUGCUACUGACAAUGCUGCUGAUGAUACCUCUUCCUCAGGAACUUAUUGGCCGAUGGAAUCAGAUGUUGAAGCUCCUAAUCUUGAUUUGGGUUGGCCUUAUGUAAUGCCUGGAAUUAAUGGUGGUACAAAUAUUGAGUUGCUCUUCCAUCCCCCUCGAAUACAACCUUUUACAAUAAAGGAAACUAUUAGGAAGAUGGUAAAAGAAGCAAGAAAGGUUGUUGCCAUCGUUAUGGAUAUGUUUACAGAUGUGGAUAUUUUUAAAGAAAUUGUAGAAGCAUCUACUAGGGGAAUUUCAGUGUAUCUUCUACUUGAUGAAUCUAACUUCAACCACUUUCUGAAGAUGACAGAGAAACAAGGCUGUCAAGUUCAAAGGCUCAGGAACAUGAGGGUGCGUACAGUAAAAGGACAAGAUUAUUACUCCAAGUCAGGGGCGAAAUUCCAUGGGAAAAUGGAACAAAAAUUUCUUCUCGUUGACUGUAAGAAAGUCAUGUAUGGUACCUAUAGCUUUAUGUGGUCCUUUGAGAAGGCAAACCUCAGCAUGGUCCAGGUUAUCACAGGACAACUGGUUGAAUCUUUUGAUGAAGAGUUUAGGACACUGUACGCCCGUUCUUCUGUUCCCAGCUCAUUUGCUCCAGAAUUAGUUAGAAUUAAUAGCCGCCGAGCACUCUGGGAGAACGAUGCCUACCAGCAUUCACAGUCUUCCUUAGCUUCAGCUUCUAGCCUGCGUAACCCUUUUGGGAGGGCCAACAAAACCCACAACUUAGACACCAGCUUUCUGAAGAAACAAGGCAGAUAUGGAAUAAAUGACAAUGACACAUUCACUCCUAGAAACCACAUCUUUCAGAAACCACAGUUUGCUCCAGGUUUUCAUAUGCAGAGUAGAAUCCAGCAGUACCAGCCCAACGAUGUAAAUGAACAUUGGAAAAGGCACAGCUAUGCAGGGGAGAAACCAGAAAGGACUCCAUACAUGAUGCUCAACAGGGCAAUGAACCGGGCAAAUAAUCAACCGCAUGGUUGGCAGGUGCCAUCUGACAGUCUCAGCGUUGUAUCUUCGUUGCACGGAAGUUACAAAAACCUCAAUGUGCCUCAACAGAGUCUGGUUGACCGGCUUCCACAGCCGAAGCUGAAUAUUGCAGACAGGAACUCAAUUGUACGGAGAUCUUUCAAUGGAACAGACAGUCACAUCCGCUACCUACAGCAGAGAAUGCCGACCCUUGAACGUACCACAAAAUCUUUCCUGCGCAACUGGCGCAUUGAAUCGUAUUUAAAUGACCAGUCGGAUUUUCCAGCAGACUCAAAUGGCUCAGGGAUAGGUGAUAGGUGUGAGGGCUUUGAUGCAGCGGAAAGUAUCAAGGCCCAUGCCCUUUAUGCUCACUCUCGCCUGCGCUCCUCCUUUGUCUUUAAGCCUACUUUGCCAGAGCAGAAAGAAGUAAACAGCUGUGCCAGUUCUUCUAAUUCAACUAUCAUUGGUUCAGAUGGCAGUGUGACGCCCAAAGGAACUCCCAACCAUGUUCCCAAGCCAGAAGAUGGAGCUGAUGACAUUGAGGCAGAACCAAGCACACACGUCCCACUGGAACCUGAGGUAGUCAAAAACAACAACCUGCCGAUUUCAGAAGAUAAGAAACCUAGUGUAACUCCACCAGUUAGUCAAGAGAAGCCUACCUACCUAUAUUCAACUCUGAGCACAAGCAGACCAGUAGAAUUUCUCAAGAAUGAAAGCAUACUGAAAAGGCGAAGUUUUCCAAUGUUUGACAAUUCAAAAUCUGCUUUGGAUCUUGGGAAUAAUAAAGAGGCAGCCAGCUACGUCUACAGCACACUAAAUAGGAAUAGACUUAGACAACCGGCUGCUCUAAAGCCAUCGCUAGAGGAGGACCUACAAAACUCUAAAAGCUUGUACGAUGUUGCCAAUCAUCUAUCACCUGACAGUAAUAAGCUGAAAAGUGAACAGGCCAGGUCUCCCACCACCCCGAAGUCCAUCUCUGUGGCUGCACUAGCUGAAUCGAGCAAAGAUGACCCUGGGAAAGAUGCCUCGCCGAAGAAAGAGAACAAGAAUUCCCCAAGUUUCCUGAAGAAGGGGUCGCAGAAACUGAGGUCGUUGCUGAACCUCACACCGGAGAAGAAAGAGAGCCUGUCCAAAAACAAAGCGCCUGCUUUUUACAGAAUGUGUAGCAGUUCUGACACUCUGGUGUCAGAAGGUGAAGAAAAUCAAAGACCCAAAGUGGCGGAAAUAAAGGUGGAAUGUUCUCCCAGGAAAAAAAGAAACUCCUCAUCUAAUUCACAGGGGAGCCUACAUAAGAGUAAAGAGGACAUUACUGUCAGCCCAAAGUCCCCCAAAUCUCCAAAAUCUCCCAAGUCCCCCAAGUCUCCAAAAUCACCAAAGUCUCAAAAAUCUCUGAAACCUCCAUCAGAAGAAAACAUGAAAAGGGGGCCUGUUGUGAAACCAAUAGAAAAUAUGCUGUUAGAAGUACCUCCAGGUGACCCAUCUGCUCCCAGAUUCAACACCGAGCAAAUUCAGUACCAGGAUGUCAGGGAGCUGCGUGCAAAUGCAGGCCGGGAUCGGGUCCCCCCACCAACUGCGGCCGCUAUUCCUCCGCACAGGGUCAGUGCAGCGGCGCCUCGUCUAUCGAGCACCAAGCCAAACGAUGAGCUAAUAAGACCUCGCUUGAGCGAUAGGCGUAUUUACAGUCGCUUUGAGCCGUUUUGCAAAGUGGAAAGCUCUGCUCAGCCAACAGGAACUCAGCAACCAAGCAGCACCCAGAAAAACAGCGCUCACUAUCCGGAGACAAAUAGCAAGGCCUCUAGGAAUAAUUAUGGAAGGAGCAACCAGGUGGCGAAUUACAACCCUGGUGUCUACCACCCAUUGCACCCCAAUGAAAACAAGUUGCGAGGAAUUAUGCAAAAGUUUGGGAAUUUUAUAUACAAAAAUAAAUGAAAUCUACUUAUGGAAUUUUUUUAUUUUAUUUUUUAAAAUAUACCUGCUGUAAAUACUUAAGUACAGACUGCUGGACAGCUUUUGUAAAGCUUAACUCAAAUCACUACAGGAGUUAGAACACUGCUAUACAUGUAUAUAACUUUGGUUCAGCAUAGGUUUCGGAAUCCGACCUGUUGAUACGUAUUUGCGUUUUUAUGUCGUUUGAGGUGUAACUCACCUCAGUGCUGGCAAUAAACAUUCUUUUAUAAACCCUGCCAAAACAUGCAAGGUGGUGCCACUCUUUCCAUAAAAUUGCUUUCAUGCACAAUAAAUGCUCAUUGGUUACUAAUCUUUUUACAUGCAGUCUGCAUGUCUACUCUCAAGGUUGUGCUUCUGUUGGGGGAAUAUACUGUUUUCUGAAUGCUGGACUUGCUAUAUUUUUGUAAACGAAAGAAGCAAUGCUGCUCCCCUCCAAUACAAUAUCUACUAGGCUUCCAUUUUCAGCAGCAGCUACAUGUAUAUUGUCACAUGCAGUGAUAGUAAUAUGCAUACGCUAAAGUAACACGUGACUGGAGAAGACUGUGAUUGCAGUUGUCCAUAACACAAGUGCAGUAUUUGAGUUGGCGCUAUUAAUCUGAAAGCCUAUCCUUUAAAAAGUGCAAAAGAAUGAGCUUAAGUUAACAUGACCAAUCUAGCGGAUAGGUAAAUCUGGAUCAAAAUCAAUAGGAUGUAAAUAUGCUUUAUUGGCACAGUUGAAAUAUCGCAAACCUGAUUUUUCCAACAGUGUCUUGAAGCUCGCAAAAAUGUGGUAAACUCACCAUUCCUCCUUUCUCACACAUGAGGCCCCACCCCCCAGUUUUCUCUAACCAUAUUUUGUCAUUGCAUCCCAAUUGGCAACUAUUGUUUUAUUGUUAUGUAAGCCGGUAUGAGGAGGUAUUUUGUUUUUUUAAAAGCAAACAAACAAUCAAGCAUUAUAAUUUUUAUGAAAUAUAUAAAAACAAACUCCCUGUUACUGUUUGAUCCCACCCAAUUCAAACCAUGGUUUCAAAAUACAGUUUAAAGGCAAGUCAUUAGCUAUGGCUGGCCAGUUGAGACAUCGCAUCAAAAUGUGGCUAAGGGAAAGAAACAGGAAAUUAGAGAGUCAGAGAGUAUAAACAUCCAUAACACAGGAGAGGGGAACCUCAGCUCUAAGGGCCAAAUGCAGGCUUCUCAGUCUGGCCUUUGGAUCUUUUUCUAAGCCAUACGCCUCACCUUCAAAGACAAUUGCAACCACUAUCUAUUCAGUGCAGGAGAUGCUCACAUACAUUAUUAGCGUGUUCGGAUCUUGCUGCAGGCAACAGUCUCCGGAUCAGAAAACCCACAUAUCACUGUCUUUUUUAAUAUAGUAGCUGCUUCAAAAUGAUGAUUGUGCUCAUUUAUGGAAGCAGAGAACAACUGUAUUUCAGUCUGCCCAUUCUCAUACUUGCUUUAUUAUAUUCUUAUGUUUAACAAACCAUUAAGUUAUUACUGUUUGCUGUAUAUAUCUAAAGAUGAGGGGAGGCAGACUUUAGAGAAUGAGAAUUUAUAGGCAAGAGCUUGCUGGCCUUAAAAAGCCCCAACUUGCUUUGUCAUAAAAUUGUAUUUUAUGGCCUUCAGCAUUUUUUUUUAAAGAGAUGUGAAAAAUAAGACCAUUAACAUCUUGCAUAACUAUGCAGCAAUAAAUUUUAAAGCCAUGCCAUUAAAGUGAAGUUUUGUUCAUA